CCAUAACUCGAAGGACAUAUUAGGGAAGAGCCUUGCGGAGCUGCAGAAACAGUUUGCCGAGAUCUUAGCUCGUUCCCAGCAAGAAAACGAAUCGGGCCAGGCCAGGGAGAGAUUGCUCCAGAAAGAGAUGGCUACUCAGCGGGCUGAGCUGGAAGAAGCCCAAGAAAAGUAUAAACUGGCCUGCAACAGAGCUGCAGAAGCCAAAAUUAAAUCCGAGAGGAGGCAGAACGAGGCUCGUGUUCAGCAGCUGGAGGGUGAAAUCCAACAUCUCGUUGAAAAGCUGAAGAGCAUGGAAGAAAUUCAGGGCCUCACCGACCAGCAGCUUCAAGAAGCUGAUGAGGAGAAAGAUCAAAUCCUUGCUGAGUUGGAAGACUUGGAGAAUAAGAAAAAGGAGGAAGACGCGAGGGCACAGCUGCAGUUCCACAGCCUCAGCAAGGAGCUGAAGGCGUUAAAAGAAGCCAUUUCCGCUUCCGAUAAACAGGCCACAGCCCAGCUCUGUGCAGCCAAAGACCAGCUCCAGUCGCUGCAUGGGACCGUAUGCAAAAUUAAUCGGGAACGUUCUGAGGAGCUUCAGGAGGCAGAAAAGUUCUGCCUGCAGGCCACGCAAGCGGCUAAGGAUCUGGCCAGAGCAGAGACGGAAAUAGGCCUCUUGCAGAAGCUUCUCAGAGAAAAGGAGGCGCAGCUGGAAUCGGAAAAAGACGCCGCCGAGACGGCAGCUUGGCACUUCCAAAAGGACGAGUGGGAGAAGUUGGAUGGGCUUCUGAAAUGGCAGAAAGCAGAAACGGACCGACUCCGCCGAGCCUUAGAUCAGGCCAAGAACGGCAACAGGGCUGGAAUGGAAGGCGUCCUGGGGGAAAUCGAAGGACUCCGGCGUACGAUCUCUCAGCAGAAUGAUACCAUCGCUCGCUUCGCGGCUCCACUCCCGCAGGGCCCACAGCUGGUUUUUGUGCCGUCCUCAUCCCAGGCGUCUACUCCUGCUUCCCAGAGCACCAAAGAUUCCGGCGUUAUCUUACGGUGUCCCGUGUCGACACCCGUCAUCACACAGGACAGGAAGCUGACCGAAAGCAGGAAAGCCCAUGAUCCUGCUUCCAGAGAGUGCUGCGUGCACAGCUCAGGCCCAGCUGGCCUGCAGGAACCCUCCUCUAGCAAAGGGCACCAAAGCGACGGGGAAACCCUGCCCAGCGCUGCUCCUUGCCUCCUGCCUCCUGGAUCCAUCAUCUACACCCUGCUGCCAGACGGCAACCCAGUGCCCCAGGGGGCGGUGCUGUAUGGCCUGCAGCCUCCUUCCACGCAAGCCAGCGGAGGCCCUCCCACAUCCGUGGUCUACGGUUCACCUCCCACCGGCGUCCAGCUGCACUACGGUCUUCUCCCUGCCAACUACUCGGUGCCGCUGGUUCCCCUGGGAGUCCUUCAUUGCAACAUCCCCGACCACCUGAACUUGGAAAACGAUAUCUUGAGGCUAGAAGACAGCCUAGAGACAUUGAGGUCUCAGCGACACAAAGAUGAGUCCUUCAGAACUUCUCGUGCACCUAAUAAAGAGAUGGAAGAACUGAGCCAGGGCAUACAGGGCUUGUUGAAGGAGAAAGGAGAGCUGGAGUCCCAGGUCGCAGAGCUGCAGCGAGUAGCCCAGAAGAGAAGUCAACGCAGAGAUUUGAUCGAAGGGCGUGGGGACGACCUCACUGCAGAGCUGGAAUUGGAAAAUUCGAUCCAGUGUCAUGAAAGUAUCAUGGAUGAAAUUGAAUGCGUGGAAAAGACGCUUUUGAAGCGACGGGCAGAACUCAGAGAGGCAGACUGUCUUCUGGCUGAAGCUGAAACCGAGCUGGAAAAUACUCGAGGAAAGACCAAAGAGACUAUUCAGAAAUACAACACCGCUAAGCAGCAUUUGUCUCGCACCGAGAAAGAAGCCGAGGAACUUGAACGACGGACUCAGGAGAUGGCUGUAAGGCUUGUGAAGGCAGAUCAGGAGCUCAGGUUUCUUCAAGCAAACGCCCAGGAUUUGCAACAGCACAAGAUGGAACAAGAAGGAAUUCUGAAAGAAAUCAACCAAAUUGUAUCGGCAAAAGAUUCUGAAUUUCAAGUCUUGAGCCAGAAGAUAGAAAUAUUGACCGAAAGCCUCCAGAAGCUGCAAACAGACAUCCAAGUGGCUGAAGGCAAUGAAGAUCACCACCUUCAGAUCCUCAAAGAAGCAGAGAACAUCCUUCUGAGCAAAAAGCACGAUUUAGAGAGAUUAAAAGAUCAGACUGCUGUUCAGCAGCAAGAGUUACACCUGGUGGACAGAUUGCUCGAUCAAAAAAGGAGUGAGCUACGUCUCCUCCAAGACAGCAUUGCUGAGAAAAAUGCCAACUUUGCAGAAGCUCUCAGGAACGGAGAGGCAGAGAUAACUGAAAAACGGCAACUAAUAAAGGAAAUGAAGGCUUUUCUCGAAGACCUGAGUGUUCAGAAGGGAGAACUCAACGCCCAGCUAAGCGAGAAACGAUCCCAGCUUUCUCUCGUCUUGCAGAAUAUCCGACAAGAUGAAACAAAACUACAGGAUAUCCUGGGGCUGAUAAAGAAGCAUAAGACAGAACUGAAGCACAUGCUGGGAACGGCACAUCUGGGAAAAGAGGAGGUCGAAAACCUGAAAUUCCAGCAUAACCAAAAGACAAACGAGUUGGAAAAAAUUGAACGGUUGCUGCUAGAGGAGAAGCUGGAGCUGGAGACCCUCCAGGACGCAUCCCAGCGCCAGCGAGGGGAGGCGGAGCAGCAGCGGCGGCUCCUCCGGGAGGCUCAGCAGGAGGCCGAGCGGCUGGCCUCCCAGCUCCACCACCUGCAAAACCAUGUCAAGGCUCUGAGCGAGGAGAAGCGGCAGCUGGAAGCCGACUGCCAGAGCCUGGAGGAGAAGUUCACCCAGAGCAAAAGAACCUUAGCCUCCACGGAAGAUAACAACAAAACUCUUCUCGCCAGCAAGGAAAAAUCCGUUUUGGAUUUCCAAAAACUGCAGCUUGAAAUCGAUCAGCUUCACAACCAGAAAAUAGUUCUGAACAGGGAUAUCGCCGAGCUACAGAAACAUUUGCACGGAAAAAAGGAGGAGUUGGACGUUUUGAAGACAGAACUGAACAAUUCCAGGCAUUACCUUCAGCUGCUGGAACAGGACGUGAAAGCGGCCGCCAAGGAAAAGGAGGCUCUGAUCCAAGAACAGAAGGCCCUAAAGGACAACCUCCACGAAUCUUCCAGGAAGUGCCAGGAGACCCAAGAAGGCCUCAGGGAAAAGGAAAGCCAGCUACACCAACUCCGCAAGGAGCUUGAGGAACAGGAGCUGAAACAGGCCAAACAAGAGACGGUCCUUCGGCAUCUCAGGGAAGACAUCCAGCACGAAGAGGAAAGGCUGGCCGAGGAUGCUGACAGGCUGAAGCAUCAGAAGCGGCAGCUAGAGCAGGAACUGGAAGAGCAGCAGGGUCAGCUGACACAAGCCGUGGCCAAGGUCCAAGAGAUGGAAGAGCGGAUCCGGAAGCUCCAGAAGGGGGAAUCCCACAUUUCAGCUCUUGAAGAAAAGCUCCGCAAAGCCUGGCAUCAGCUCUCUGAAAAAGAACAGAAGCUUCAGGAGAAGGUGGGCGAGGUUUCAUCCCUGCAGAGGGAACUCAGCCUGUCCAGAGCGGAGGAGCGGCUGCUCCAGGACCGGCUCCAAGCAGCCCACGCGAAAGCGGAGAAGCAGAUGGCCACCUUGAAGGAAACCAUCAAGGCUCAAAGGGCCCAGCUUGAAAGGGCCCUUCAAGAGCAGAAGCAAGAAAACUACGGCUUGCAGCAAGAAAUAACCUCCUUGGAACAAGUGGCCCGAGAGAAUCACCAACGAGCCAAGCGGCUGAUGAGGGACCUUGUCCGCAUCCAAGAGGAGCACGCCCAACUCAAGUCACAGGUGAAGAACCAGGAGGAGCUGGAGAAGCAGCAGAAAGAGUUGAAGGGCACCGUGAAGCUGGUCAGGCUGGAAGUGAAGGACAAAAUGAGGAACGGUUUGAAGGAUCUGAGCCAGUCUCCUCCGGAGUUAUUGGAGGGCAGAGAAGCUGACCUGGAAGGGAAGGGAAGGCUCUGGAACGACGUGGAAAGCCUGAAGGAAAACUACCCGUUCACCGAAAACAAGGCCAGGAUGCUGCUUUGGGAUGAAAAGCUGGACCUGUCUAAAGUCCACAUCACGGAUGAACAGUGGCGUGGAAAGGUGCGCCGGGAACAACUGCAGCACCAGGAGGAUCGUCUCAAGGCCCAACUCCGGCAGUGCAUGUCGAAGCAAGUGGAGGCACUAAUCAAAGGGAAGCAACAGACCGAGGGCACCCUCCAUAGCCUGCGGAGACAGGUCGAUGCCCUGGACGAGCUGGUUAGCUGCAGCAGCUCUACGGAUUCCUUGUUUCCAUCGUUAAACUCCUCGGGACUCACAGAUGCCAAGAACCAGUCCACCACAGCGCCUUCUCCCUGGACGACUGCAGACACUUCAGGCCAAUCUCAAGUGAUUUAUCCGCUCUAAGACAGAGCUUCAACAAAGCAG